AUAGCCCGCCUGGGGGUAGCUGUAAUCGCGAACAGGCGCAAACAAUUGCACUGUGUGACGGGUCAUCGGUGCUUUGCCUCAAUCCACGACCACCACCUUCUCAGGAGGGUUGCAAUGUAUCGGAUGGGCAUUGACCCUGACGACAUGUAUCAGAUUUCUUCGCACGGUGAAGUCCAUCUGAUGCACCGUGUGGCUUGCUCGGGCCACAUGCCGCAACGUCUACCCUCUACAUAUUGCUUGUCACAUCGCCAUCUUGUCUGUCACCGGCAUCCCGCUUCCCCAGCGGUAGUUUGUUGAAGAAGCAGCCAGAGAGGUGCGGGGCGUUGGAUGUUAGACCACUCCUCCCCACUUGCCGUUCUCGGAAAAUGCAUUUUGAGAAGCCGUACCGUAACAAUACCGACCACUUCACUCGCCUCGUCUAUUCUUGGGUCCUGGAUUUAUAUGUAUCGACAAGUUGUCGACAGCAUUGAUCAUCCCUGAGAGGGCUAUUUCUGAACCCUGAACAAGAACAUGCGGAAACCAGCGAGUCAACUGGUUGCAACUGGUGCGGCUGUUACGAUACGGUGUAUUUCUUCCCGUAUCGUUACUAGCACCAAUACCACCGCUGACAACAAUCUCGAAGUGAUGCAACGCAAGAAUUUUUCUCUCACAUCUCUGUUUCUCCCUCGUGCCCAUUCUUCCCUCCACCUCACCUCGAAGUCCACCCCACUGCCGUGCACACCACACACACACACACGCGCGCGCGCGCCGGCCGACCGCCCCACGGACGGGUGACGGAGUAAGGAAACGAGGGUGGGAGCUGUCAGCGGGAUGUGUGCUACCACAACAGCAGAAGCUCUCCGGCUGUUGCGUUUUGCUUUUGGAUGGGAUCAACCAGGAGCGAGCCCAGACUCGGUCCGCCUGUUCAGUGUUGCCCAGCAUGAGAGUCACCUGGGUGCCAGGUCCGAGAGCCUCUUGAUCCAACCAUCUUCCACCACCCACCACUGGCACCUUGGCUUACCUCUCUUCUCCAUCAUAUUCCUUCGGUAAUUUGCACUUUGCACUCCCCCCCAUGCACCUACGGCUGUUUCCCCUCUGAAAGCCCCGUGUAUCUGACCAUGCCGGACCGGCUCCUGCGGUUGUCCCCGCCCAUCUCACCGGUCCUGCCCACCGCCUGUGGUGACUCGAUCCGCUGCCGUCCUUUUGGUCUUUUGGCAUGUAUGUGUGCACACAUACCGGGAGGCGUACUCAGUAGUAGUACCUCUUACAUACCUCCCAUCCAAGUGACCGUCAAGUGUCCACCACCCCCCUUCCACACUACAAGCCCCCUUCUUUACUGGACCUGGUCUAGUUCAAACAUGUUCGUCUUGAUUGGAGAGAAGUGUUACUCCACCCUGAUCCUGCAUCUUAAUCCAAAUCUGGACGCGGCAACUCGUUCUUAUUAAGAGGCGAUACCUACCCAACAGCUUUGCUUUCCAAUAUCACCCACCGCAUCUUUCUCGCCGAGGUCACUGGUUCGGGAGACGCCCACUAUGGUCUCGUCAUAUGCCACCUUCUUCUGUACCUUGUCGUCAUAACCUUCCAGUCUCCCCCCUUUUUCUUUUUUUUUGCCUCGGUCACCUCUGGCCUAUCACGCCCUCACCGAGAUUCGUUACGAGGCUCCAUUGUGGAGUUUGCUGUCAAGGUGGCAGAUGGUAUGCGGCUUUAGUCGUCGCUACACUCAAGAGUCACCUCAUCACCACCCGCAUCAGGGAAGCGGUAGGUAUUGUCAAACCUGCUUCUCUGUUUCUUUUGUGCGCAGUAAGGAAUUGAGGCUGAUUGGCACACUCAGGCAACCCAACCCGCCCCUUCGGUGAUCACCAAAAGGGUAACCCUCUCGGUUGAGGCUCUUUCAAAGGGCACCUAUUCGGCCCGGACAUAAAAGCGUCCCAAAGGAAGCGAAUCUGGCGGAAAGGCACCCACUUUGCGUCUAUAGGGGUCACAACGGGGCCACGAAAUCUCAAAGGCGACAUCUGCAUGUCGGCAACCCGUCUUGCGAGGGCAGCCAAGCCCUUUGGCCGCUCUCUCACUUGCUUGAACAGCUCAGGCAAACAACGCUUCAGCACAAGUGCCAUUCCUCGCACUUCCACCUCCGGCAGCAGUGAACAGCCUAGGCAAGCUUCAGUAUGGUCGUACUCGGGUGUCAUGGCCGUUGCGGCGACUGCCGGGUUGUUUGGAUGGGGCAUGUCUGAGUUCCGGCAUGGGAGUCUUCCCAAGACCAUGCUGUUUGAUAGCUUGUACGCCUAUCCUAGGUAUGCGAGCAUGCAUGAGAUGGAGCAGGCCCUAAGAGAAAUCCGACAAGAAAUCGGCGGCGCAGAAGACAUCAUAUCCACUGACCCCGACGACCUCCACGCUCACGGGUACUCGGAAUGGUCGACUUCCAACCCUGAGGGGCUCCCAGUCGCGGUGACCUACCCGCGCUCUACAGAGCAGGUAUCCACCAUCGCUCGCAUUUGUCACAAGUAUCGUGUCCCAAUCAUUCCGUAUUCUGGCGGUUCCAGUCUCGAGGGCAACUUCUCGGCACCUUUCGGGGGCAUCAGUGUCGACUUUGCCUACAUGGACAGGAUCGUCCAGUUCAACAAGAACGACAUGGACGUGGUGGUGCAGCCGAGCAUUGGCUGGCAGGAUUUGAACGAGCAGCUGGCCAAGAUGGAGAGCGGGCUCUUCUUUCCUAUUGAUCCUGGGCCAAGCGCCAAAAUAGGCGGCAUGAUUGGCACCAACUGCUCAGGCACCAACGCGGUGAAGUACGGCACGAUGAAAGACUGGGUCAUCAACUUGACUGUUGUUCUUGCAGACGGAACAGUGAUCAAAACGCGGCGUCGUCCGCGCAAGUCUUCUGCUGGGUACAACCUCAACGGUCUGUUUGUUGGCUCGGAGGGCACAUUGGGUCUUGUCACAGAAGCCACGCUUAAGCUCGCUGUCAUCCCGGAGGAGUUUUCGGUAGCGGUCGUGACUUUCCCUUCCAUUCGUGACGCUGCUUCCGCGGCGGCUGAGGUCAUGCAAACGGGCAUUCCUGUCGCGGCAAUGGAGAUCAUGGACGAGGUGCAGAUGAAGGUGGUCAAUAUGGGUGGUGCCACCGCGCCGAGGGUGUGGAAGGAGAUGCCGACGCUGUUUUUCAAGUUUUCUGGGACAAAGGCAGGAGUGAGGGAGAAUAUUGGUCUGGUACAGAAGAUCACAAAGGCGAAUAAGGGGAGCAAUUUUGAGUUUGCGAAGGAUGCCAGAGAGCAGAAGUUGCUUUGGUCCGCGAGGAAGGAGAGUCUGUGGAGUAUGUUGGCUCUCAGAAAGGAAGGGGAGGAGGUCUGGAGCACGGAUGUGGCGGUGCCAUUUAGCCGGUUGGCAGAUAUCAUUGAGGUGAGCAAGAAGGAGAUGGAUGAGUUGGGAUUGUUUGCGAGUAUAUUGGGGCACAUUGGGGAUGGGAAUUUCCACGAGAGCAUUAUCUAUAAUCGGCGGGACAAGGCUGAGGUGAAGAAGGUGGAGGCGUGUGUGAAGAAUAUGGUGAAGAGGGCGUUGGAGAUGGAGGGAACGUGUACGGGAGAGCAUUCGAUCGGGUGGGGCAAGAAGGAGAGCUUGCUUUGGGAGGUGGGAGAGGAUACAUUGGGGGUGAUGAGGGCUAUCAAGAUGGCGUUGGACCCAAAUUGGAUUAUGAAUCCGGGCAAAAUCUUUGACAGGCAAAGCUAG